AUGAAGGCGGCCAAGGCUAUCACGGGAGCAUUCAAGACCGUCUCAGGGCCUGCACUUAACGUCGAAGCCUACCUCUUGCCAAUAAGACAAUACCUCGACCAGAAAACGGCGAAUACAUACUUGCGGCUCAGGACAACGCAACAGUUUCAGAUCAUGGGACAGAUCGAGCAACAGGAAGUAUGGACCGAACAUAGAAGGGAAUGGCACCUACUGCACACAUGGUGGGCCCCACUGAGAAAACACGAACACCGAUGUAAGGCCUUGCUAGGGGAGGCGGCGGUGAGCAAGAUCGAACUCAGGAAACCACAUCUAGUACCGCCGUGGCAAACGACAAUCCAAAUCAGCAUCGCGGACAGCAAAGAGGAAGCCAUCCAAAGACACGACAACUACCUCGACUCCGGUGCCCUGGCCAUAUACACGGAUGGAAGCGUGAUAAACGGUAAGGUAGGAGCCUCAGCGGUGACAAUAACCCCUGGAGAUAUACGUCAAACAUAUCUGGGAGAGGAUACCAAAGCAACUAUAUUUAUGGCAGAACUUCAAGGUAUACGGAUGGCAUUAGAUCUAGUGCUAGAGACAAACAGAACGGCCGUCAUAUUCACGGAUAGCCAAGCGGCCAUCAAGACAGUAGGAAAGCUAAGAUCCAUGGGGCAGCAACUCCUCACAGAGAUCCUCCGGACGUGGGAACAAAUCAAGAAGAACGGUCAGGAUGUCGAGAUUGCCUGGAUACCCUCGCACGAGGGAGUCGACGGGAACGAGCUCGCGGACCAAAAAGCCAAGGAGGCCACAGGCUGGAGGCUGGUGCGAAAUAGACGAGGCAGAACAACUCAGGUGGACACCGACAACACAGCCAGGAGACUGACGGACCUCAAGGUACCACUGACAUGCCUAAAAAAAAGAAUCCGCUCCCAUGUGCACGCAAGGUGGGAGAAGGAAUGGCGAGAGGAGUCCAGAGGACGCGAUCUCUACAAGCUGGCGGAAACACCGUUCAGAGGGAUCGUAAGCCUGCACGCGAAACUCUCCCGGCCCCUAUCCUCCAUCUUAACCCAGAUGCGGACGGGAAAGAUAGGGCUGCGAGACUACCUACUCAAUAUCAGAGUGCCCCAAGUGGAAGACGACGUCUGCCAGUGCCUGAAAGGGAGGGAGUCGACAUCACAUCUCCUGAGAGCAUGCCCAAUUUUCAGGGACCUGAGGAGGGACAUAUUGUGGCAAGGCGAGUGGACGACCGACCUGAAGAAAAUUCUCUCACACAAGAACUAUGCGCCAAAGGCAGCAAGACUCAUGCUGCAUACAAAGUUUCUUGGACAAUUUCGAAGCGUAGAAACGGAGACUUAG